AUGCAGGUGCACAAAGAAACGAUCGACAAGAUCCCGGGUGCUGUCCCCGGGAGGGACUCAUCACAGAUGGAGAUUUAUGGUAUGCAGGGUAUACCACCUGGAACUACUAGAGGAGAUGAGGAACCGGAUGCGAAAAGGGAAAGGAAAGACGAUAUCCCCCCGAUGCCUCCUGGGCCGAUGCCAGGUAUGCCACCAAUGAUGUCUGGGAUGCCACCGUUCCCGCCGUUUCCGAUGAUGCAUGGGAUGCCACCAAUGGUUCCUCCU